AUGAAAUUUGUUGGAGAUAACACCACAUAUCGUGUUAGAAAACGUUACAUAUCUUGUCUACUCAAAAGAGACGCACAAUACUUUGAUAUCAAUUCAAUCGGACAUUUGUCAACUAUUCUCAAUGACAAUUUGGAGAGAUUUCGAGAAGUGUUCAACGAAAAAAUAGCCUUGAUUGUUGCUUUGAUGACCGAUUUCACGAUUGGAACUAUACUCGCUUUCUAUACUGAUUGGGAACUGGCUUCCUAUGGUUUCCUCUUCUCACUCGGAAUUGCAUUCUCAGGUCUUUGGAAUUCAUCCAGUAUGAUGAAAACUACUGAGCUACAGAGUAUGCAUUAUGCUGAUGCAGGAUCUGUAGCCUUUCAAGCACUUGGAUCGUAUAAAACAGUGUGCUCUUUGAACGGGCAGAAACGGGAAGUAGAGAGGUACACCGAAAAAUUAAUAGCUGGAGAGAAAUGUGGAUUCCAAAAAGCAAUAUUCAACUCUCUUAGUCGGGGGCUUAGUUAUUUUUUCAGUAAUGCAUUGAACACAGCUGUUCUUUAUGUUGGAGCAAAUAUGAUUUACGAUGGAAGACUACAGCCAACAAUUGUUGUCAGAGUGUUCCAUUAUCUUCUAUUCGGUUCAUACUGUCUUAAUGAAGCAAUCCCUCACAUUUCUAGAUUUUCAAGUGCAAUUUCAUCCACUGCGCCUAUAGCAGAUAUGCUGGUCAACAAUGACAACGUAAUAGAAAGGGGCGACGAUACCCCUCACGACGAAAGCGAAGUACACGGAGAUAUUUCAUUCAGAAAUGUCAGAUUUUCAUAUCCAACUCGUCUAGAAACAGAAGUUCUCAAAGAGAUAUCGUUCGAUGUGAAAAUUGGAGAAUGCAUUGCACUUGUUGGUGCCAGUGGAAGUGGGAAAAGCACUGUGGUGCAACUACUUUUGCGUUAUUACAACAUCGAUUCUGGAAACAUUUCGAUUGAUGGAGUUGAUUUGAAAGAAAUCAACCUUGGGAAACUCCGUAAGGUCAUCGGAGUAGUUUCACAAGAACCAGUACUCUUUAACACCACCAUAGAAGAAAAUAUUCGAUUCGGUAACCCAGAUGCUAGCUCACCUGAUAUCUAUAAAGCAUUGAGGGAAGCAAAUGCAAUUGAUUUUGUAUGUGCUUUCCCAAAAGGUAUCAAGACGAUUGUUGGAGAACGAGGAACGCAGUUGUCCGGUGGUCAGAAGCAAAGAAUCGCAAUAGCCAGAACAUUGGUACGGAAUCCCAAGAUUCUGCUCCUUGACGAAGCAACUAGUGCAUUGGAUAAUGAAAGUGAACAUAUUGUGCAAAUGGCUCUGGAGAAAGCAUCUCAGGGCAGAACUACAAUUGUUAUCGCUCAUCGACUUUCAACAAUCAGAAAUGCAAAUAAGAUAAUAGUAAUGGACAAGGGAAAGAUUGUUGAAGUUGGAAAUCAUGAUGAACUAAUUUCUAGAAAAGGUGUUUAUAAGAACCUAAUCGAAGCACAAUUAAUGAACGCUACCGAAGAACAAAAUAAACCUUCCCUAAUAAACGAAAUUUGCAAUUUGACAUCCCGCAGUAUUUCUGUUCUCAAAGAAACUGCCGACGAAGAAAACGUUCAGGACGAUGAAAUAAAAAGAAUAGUGAAUGAAUUAAAACAGGAGGGAGCCAAGAAAAGUAACCUACGAGAAAUAGUCGAAAUGUGCAAACCAGAUUAUUUUAUACUGUAUCUUGCCGUUUUUGGAAGUGCAAUUCAAGGAGUGACAUAUCCGAUUUCCGCCCAAUUGAUCAUCCGAGCUUAUGAAGCGUUCGCAAUGGAAGGAGAAGAUGUUGUUACAUACGGCCAUUUUUGGGCGCUGACUAUCCUGGCACUUGCAAUUCUGCGACCUUUGGCACUUCAUUUACAAUACUAUUACUUUGGAAAAGUAUCAGAGAAACUCUCUACAAGACUCAGAAUCAAAUCUUUCAAACAUUUGAUGUCACUCCCAUGUGCAUACUACGAUGACCCAAAACAUUCAGCUACACGAUUAUCCAAUAGAUUAAAUACUGAUGCUUCUAACGUGAAAGCUGCAAUUGAUGACCGCCUAGGAUGCGUUAUUAUGACUGUUGUGGCUAUUAUUAUAGCUGUUAUAACAGCUUCAAUUUACUGUUGGAAAAUGACAUUGCAGGUACUGUUGUUCUGUCCAAUUCUCUACCUCGCCGAAUAUUGUUACGAAAGGAUGAUUGAUAGCGCUAUCGAAGAAGAUGCACUUGCUUUUGGAAACAGCAAUAGAGUAGAGUGUACGUGUUUUAUCCGCUUCGAACGUUGUGUUUUACAGACUGCUAUCGAAGCAUUGGAAAACAUCCGUACAGUUCGUGCUCUUAACAUGGAAGACAAAAUUAUGAGUCUCAUCACAAAUCAUCUGCAGAAAAGUCACAAAUCUUACUUUAGGCGCGCCAUCAUUCAAGGUGUUGCUAAUGGACUGUCGUGCGGAUGUUACUUUUUCAUUUACUCAGUUUCAUUCAAAUUUGGAACUUACUUGGCUCUGCGUAAAGAAGUCCUUCCAAUGGAUACUUACUUGGUUUUGAUGACGAUAUCGAUGACUUCCAGUAUGGCUGGAUCUGCAGCUGCAUACUUACCUGACUAUAAGAAAGCUGUUCAUGCUGCUGGAUUGAUAUUCAACUUGUUCACUUACCCUGCGACUAUGCCAUAUGAUUCUACAGAUGGAAAAAAGAACAUCGAUAAAGGAGAGAUUGUUGGUGAAAACCUUCAAUUCCAUUAUGACCAGCGGCCGGACCGAAUGAUACUGAAUGGAGUCAACUUGAAAGUGGAACCUGGAAAAACAUUGGCUCUUGUUGGACCCAGUGGUUGCGGUAAAUCUACUAUAAUCUCUCUCCUUGAAAGAUUCUAUCAUGCGGUGGACGGUGAAAUUAAAAUUGAUGGUGAGAAUGUGGAAUACAUCAACCUGCACCAUCUCCGUUCCAAUCUAGCUUUGGUGUCCCAAGAACCAACUCUUUUCAAUUCUUCGAUCAGAGAGAACUUGUUGUAUGGUUUGACAAAAUCAGUACCACAAUUGGAAAUAGAGAAAGCUCUUCAAACUGCCAACGCCUUCCAUUUUGUGUAUCAGUUCCCACAGGGUUUGGAAACAAUAGUCGGUGAACGAGGAGCACAACUAUCCGGUGGUCAAAAACAGAGGAUAGCAAUUGCUCGAGCUAUCCUUCGAAAUCCAAAAGUAUUGCUGUUGGAUGAAGCGACAAGUGCACUGGACAGUGAUAGCGAAAAAGUGGUACAGAAUGCGUUGGAUACUGCCAGUGAACGCCUGUCAACUGUUAUUGUGGCUCAUCGUUUGUCUACUGUAGUCAAUGCUGACUCGAUAGCAGUUCUGAAAAACGGGAAAGUUGCUGAGCAGGGAACACAUGAAGAGUUGCUGAAAUUAAGAAAUAUAUAUUGGCGGUUGGUACAGAAACAAGGAAUACAACCGUAA